UGUAUAUAACUGACUUACAUUUUCUAACAGGUUUUAAAGGCAAGAUGGGAGCACUGCGUAGAAAUUUUAAGAUUUUGUUAAUGUUCAGUACUAAAAGCUGGUCAGACCACUCAGUUCCUAUUGUGAUACACAAUGUCAAGAAAAUACAAAUGAAGGCAAGUGUGCGUCAUCCAAAUUUCAAGGGCAGAUUCUAUUCUCAUUUGUUUUUCUAUGAAACUCACUUUUUCCACCUGACUGCGAGUUUUCAGAUCACCAAUACCAAAGGAUUAAUUAUGUUUAAUGGAGGUUUUGAUCCCAAGUCUUUCAUCAGUAUAGCCUUAGUCGAUGCAUCUCUACAAUUCUGUUUAAGUUGUGGCUCUAAUGCAACUUGCAAUAAAGGAUAUGAAGUGAAGACAGAUGAUUGGUACAUACUGAGAAUCGUGGUCAGAGAGAAUGAAGGUCAGUUACGGUUAAAUGAUGGAGAUGCUCUACAGCUUAUGUGCCCUUCAGGAGAAAAGUACAGACCUAGAAACAACGUGUACAUCAGUGGUGCUGGCAUGAAAGACUGGAACAUUAUUGUUGAUGUGACAAGUAAUAAAACUAUGUUCCAUGGAAUCAUAGACACUCUCAAAGUCAAUGGAUUAAUUGUCACUUAUAAAAUGGCAACACUUAUUGAUGUCAAUGGAAUGUUAAACUCUUUAGGUUACAGCCUUUCAGACUAUGUCACAGAGGUGUACAAGAAUGAGAAAACAAUCACAACACUGUAUUGUGGUGUACCAGAAAGAACUGCCAAGUCUCAUUAUGUCAGGAUUGUUUGGUUUGAAAACAUGAGACGCAUGAUUCCUGCUGCAGGAGUUGAGAUUAUUGAUGUGGAGUCAGACAAACAAGUGGUUAGUAAAGUCAACCUAUACCCAGAACAUGCUGGAGAGGGCAUCUAUGCUUGUGUGCUCAGUCAAGAUGGCAUGCUCUCUGUGGUUCAUGUCUUUGUGGUGUUUCGAUAUAAGGCUUAUAUAGAAGAAAGUGAAUCUCAUGCAGAGUGGAUUGGUUUGAUCAUCCUUCUGGUACUCAUCCUGCUCUGUUUUUUCCCAGCUUUGUGUUACUGCUGUACUAAAGACCACCCCAUGUGGAUCAAAGUCAGAAACUUUUUCAAUAGAAUCUAUUCUUAUAUAACUGGACAAGAGUAUACUGAGGAGACAGAAGUUCUAGCAGAGGAGGAUUAUGAUUCUGAGCCAGCUGAGAGUGAAAGUGAAGGUGCUUUUGGUCUUGAUGAAGAUAGAUCCAAUGACCAGCUGCCUAGUCCAGACUUGCAGUUGAAGCCAGACAAAAUGAAGCCAGCAAAAAUGAAGCCAGCAAAGAGAAGCAAGUCAAAGGGCCAAAAACAAAGUCGGCCUCAAUCUACUCAACCCAAAGCUCAGUCGGAGACCCAGAUGAGUCAGCUGGGGGAUGAACAGGAAGCCCUGCCAAAGAAACAGAUGAAAAAGGCAUUGAAACAACCACCCCCAGAAGAUUUGCCACAGACACAAAGCAGUAAUGUAAUUCAACAAUGUCCUCCUGGAUACCAUCCACAGCCAUGUUCUCCGUUCUACCCUAUAGCUGGAGGUCAACAGUACUACUACCCAUCUUCCAAUCAGUUAACAAUGAAUCAACCGACCACUUUACAAAGACCAUCGUAUGGACCUCAACCUACCACAUUACAAAGACCAUCGUAUGGACCUCAACCUACCACUUUACAAAGACCAUUGUAUGGACCUCAACCUACCACUUUACAAAGACCAUCAUAUGGACCUCAACCUAGCACUUUACAAAGACCAUCAUAUGGACCUCAACCUAGCACUUUACAAAGACCAUCAUAUGGACCUCUUCCACUUUGUGGACCAUCUGUCAGUAACAUUCCACCUUGUAGGCCAACUUACAAUGUCCUACCCCUAUGUAGACCACCUGCUUUUGUACCUCCAGGACCAUCUGUAAGUGCAUAUGUCCCUCCUCAAGGUCCAUCUCAGACUUCUUUUACCCAUUAUAGACAAUCCCCUUAUUCAUUUUCACCAAAAGGGCCAUCACCCUCUGCUUUAUCACCUCAUGGGGCAUCUUCAAGUGCUUUUUCCCCUUAUAAACCUCACCACCAAUAUUCAUCAACACAACCAUCAAUAACAAAACUUCAUAUUUCAUCACCAUCUAUGUCACAAAGCAAAUUAGCUCCAUCCAGAACCGGCAUCCAUCAAUCAGAAAGUAGGGGCAGAAUGUUUAUAUGUCGAGAAAAUAAUGAUGAUUAUCAGCUACAGAGAAGAACCCAAAGUCAGAAAGUGGGUAGGAAAUUUGCAUGUAGAGAAAGUCAUUUAGACUUGGAAAACCCAAACUGGCAAAAUGAUCUAUCCUCAUACUGCAAACAGCAAUGCGAUUUUGUUGACCAAAUCUCUGUCCAGAUACCACCGCAUCGCUCAUUCCAAGCACAGUCUACCUACCCUGAAACUUCCUGCUACCAACCUCAUUUCCCUUGCAGACCUUCCUACAAUCCUUAUGCAUUGUACAAACCUUGCAAUAUGAAUGCAUCAAUACCUCCAAUAGAUCUUGUCUGCAAUGCUUACAAGGCUACGCCAUUUCAAACUCGGCGGAGAGAAAGUUUGUCUAAAGACGUCAAUAAAAACAGCAGAAAUUGGAGUAAUGGAAUUGUAGAGGACCAACUCAAUUUCUCUGACAACAACUCUCUUAACUUUCACAGGUCAUCGGUCCUAGCCAGCAGCACCAUUUAUUUGCAAUGUGAUACUGGUAAUUUGCUAUGGUAAUUUGUUCUGUAAUAGCUAUUCUGCAUUAAAUUUUUAAAAGAUGCUGGUUUUAACUUGUUUGGAAGAUAAUGUUGAAUAAUCUGACAGUAUUUCUCAUCCAUCUUGUACAAAAAUUACAUAUGUUCUAUAAUAUUCCUUCAUUUAUAUCCAUGUUUUCCCAUUUUUAUUUUUCUUAAACCUUUGUUUUAAUUUUAUAUUUAGCUUGAUUGUA